CCGAUCGCUCAUAUGUGACACCAGCAGCAUUUCUCACAGAUACUGAAACAGAAAGCAGUGACAACUUCACAACACACUGACAGGUGUGGUCAACCAGUAAACAAAUUAAAAAGCCCAAAGGCCUCUCUAUGGUGCCCGCUCAAUCUGUGAUCAUGGGGAACGGUUCGAUCAAAGCCCCUCGGCUAGAGCAGACCUGCCUGGCCUCCAGUAUAAAAGAGGCUCCUUUAUGGGAGUCAGUGGAACCCCUGAAGAUCAGGAUUGCUCAUCUGGAGGAGGAAUUGGCACGGAGAGACCAGGAGCUGCGUGCUCAGGAGAAUCGCUUGCUAAGUCUUCAAAGAGAACUAGACGCAAAGGUGUCUCAGAUCGAUAAACUCCAGGAUGCCAUUGGUUAUAACAGCCUCAGCUGCUCACCACCAGCACCUCCGAGGCACAGUCGCAGACUUCUGAGUGUAAUCAACCAGGGCUCCACACGCUUCCACAAAGUGGCUGUGGAGGUACAUCGGCGCCUAAAGGCAAAGGAGGGGGUUUCAGCUGAACCCACUUCAGGUCACUUCUGCGUUGACCACAAGGUCCAUCACACCUCCACAGAGAGAGUACGAGUUCGCAAAGACUCUGGCACUAAGAAACUGAUCAAUGAAGCCAUCAUGAACAAUGACUUUCUGAAGAAGCUGGAGCCUCAGCACACUCGAGAGAUGGUGGACUGCAUGUACGAGAAGAUUUACGCUGCUGAGCAGCUGGUUAUUAAGGAGGGAGAGCCAGGGAACUAUCUUUACGUGCUUGCAGAGGGUUUAUUAGAGGUCAUACAGAAUGGCAAGCUGCUGGGUCAGAUGCGUCCUGGGACGGCCUUUGGAGAGUUGGCCAUACUCUAUAACUGUAAAAGGACUGCCACAGUUAAAGCUGUGACUCAGUCCCACAUCUGGGCUCUUGACCGGCAGACAUUUCAGACUAUCAUGAUGAGAUCCACUCGGGCCAGACAAGAGGAGUACUUCAGCUUCCUGCGCAGUGUGUCAUUGUUGAAAGACCUGCCAGAGGAAAAACUUUCCAAAAUUGUUGACUGUCUUGAAGUUGAUUAUUUUGACAAAGGGGAGUACAUUAUUCGUGAGGGGGAGGAAGGAAACACUUUCUUUAUCAUAGCUAAAGGCGAGGUUUCUGUAACACAAACUACAGAGGGCUUUUGUGAACCACAGGAGAUUAAGACUCUUGGAGUGGGCGAUUACUUUGGGGAAAAGGCUCUCAUAAGUGAGGAUGUCCGCUCAGCUAAUAUCAUUGCGAAGGAAAAUGAUACGCAGUGUUUGGUGGUGGAUAGAGAUAACUUCAACCAGAUGGUGGGAACCUAUGAGGAGCUGCAAGCUUAUCUGAGGGAAUAUGUGGAACAGCUCUCUCUGAGUGAUGAGAUGAGGAGCGGAGUGCCUCAGUCGCCCCUGUCUGAACGCUCUCCUGAGGCAGCAGAGCUCAGAAGGCUAAGGGAGAAGGCAGCUGGUUUGUCCAGUAGCUUGUUCCUGAAAGAACUUCAUGCAGUGGCAACACUAGGAAUGGGAGGCUUUGGCCGAGUGGAACUGGUCAAGCUUAAGGAUUCAGAAGAUUCCUCAUUUGCUUUAAAGUGCAUUAAGAAAAAGCACAUUGUGGACACCAGGCAGCAAGAGCACAUCUAUUCAGAAAAGAACAUCCUCCAACAGACAAAUUCGAACUUCAUUGUCAGGUUGUUCCGUACAUUCCGGGAUGAUAAAUAUGUUUACAUGUUACUGGAGGUUUGCCUGGGAGGAGAGUUAUGGAGUGUUCUAAGGGACAUGAGUUGCUUUGAUGAGUCCACUGCUCGUUUCUGUACUGGAUGCGUGCUGGAAGCCUUCGACUACCUGCAUGGAAAAGGCAUUGUGUAUCGAGACCUGAAGCCAGAGAAUCUUCUGCUGGAUGGGGAAGGCUACGUGAAAAUGACUGAUUUUGGCUUUGCCAAAAAGAUUGGACUAGGUAAGAAGACGUGGACGUUCUGUGGCACUCCUGAGUAUGUAGCUCCCGAGGUCAUCAUGAAUAAGGGUCAUGACUUUGGUGCUGACUGCUGGUCUUUGGGCAUCCUCAUCUUUGAACUCCUGAUUGGCAGCCCUCCAUUCACAGGCUCUGAUCCAAUCAGGAUCUACACCAUGGUUCUAUAUGGCAUAGAGAAGGUGGAUAUUCCCAAGAGGAUCAGCAAGCGUCCAGAGGAUCUCAUACGGAGGCUUUGCAAACUCAACCCAGCAGAACGGCUUGGGAAUAAGAAGAAUGGCAUUACUGACAUCAAAAAACACAAGUGGUUUCAAGGCUUCAACUGGGAGGGACUGAGACGAAGGAAGCUGUCAUCCCCGCUUAGGAGAGAGCUAAAAGGGCCUCUGGAUCACAGUCAUUUUGACAUGUUUCCCCCUGAGCUUGAGGAACCUCCGGAUGAAUUGUCUGGCUGGGAUAAAGACUUCUGAAAACCAGCAACUGCAGAGCAUCUCUUUGUUCUCAACAAAGUAUUUUCAGACCACUUUCUAGCCUGUUUGCCUGAACUACACAAACUAAAGGUGGCACUAGUUAAAGGCUCAAAGUCUGGUAAAGAAGAUUGUCUGCAACUCGAUUUUACCUCUGUGUAGAUUCUGAAGCAUGGUGCAACAAAGCCAGAGGUGUCUUUCCUUUCAUAAAUGCUCUUUAUUAUGUUCUAACAUACUAUAGACAUCUGUCAAAUUUAAAAACAGGAAGGAAUUGUGUUUAAAAUCCACCGGUUUAAUUGGUCAUUUUAAAGUUAAAUAGAGAAACACUUAGCAACUUUUUAGCUGACAAUGUGAAAGAAUCACUGAUGCCUUAAAUUUGACUGUGUGUUAAAAAGAAGUUUAAACUUCACCUGAGAUGAUUUGUAGGCCAGGAAUAUCAAUAUAUUUAUGUGUUUUGUAUAUGAUUCAUGUUUUAAUGUUCUAGUUGGUAUUUUUAGUCCAUAAGUGUGUGUGUGUGUGUGUGUGUGUGUGUGUGUGUGUGUGUGUGUGUGUGUGUGUGUGUGUGUGUACAGAUAUUCCUGAUGGGUGCUUGUUUCAGUCAUGAGUGGUUUGUCUUAGGUUACACUGAGUUGUUCAGAAUUCAUCAGCAAC